GCGGCUCCAAACGAGAGCAGUGGAAGACACGAAGCUCAUGCACUUUCUCCCCAAAAUGGCGUCGAAAGGGAGCCAGUGUCUUUCUGAGCGCUGUGUGGCUCGCAGAGCCUCAGUGGGCGGGCAGCUGCGACGCGGGCAGGCAGUCACAUGAUUCGCGCAAAGCCCAGCUGCCCAAUUCCAAUAUGGUGGCCAGCUUGGCAGACCUACGUUUCUUGUUGAUGAUAUUAUUGCUCUGCUGGAGGAUCAGGGACGGCGCCUGCACCCAGCAAGCCCCGUGGGUUCUGGGGCUGCGACUGGAGGACCCAGAAGGCCAGGUGUAUAUGAAGGAGCGGAUCAUCUCUGCGCCGCAAGGGGCCAGUUUCAAGCUUCGGCUGUUCGGUUGGGAUCUAAAUGGGACCUGGCCGUGGGUGGCGUUCGCUGGAACAAGACAGGAGGAGACCGGGGUGGUGGAGGAUGCAGCUGAUCCGUGCAAGCAGGAGACCCGCCGUGACUCCGCCGCCUUCCAGGUCACGGGGGAGUUCACAGCGGACGAGGAGUACAGCGGGUUGAUAACGGUACAGACGCGGGACAAGAGCAGCAUCUCUCCCGCUGCAUCCUCCACGGGAGGAGGGGAUGAUGCCAACCCUACCUACCACCACCACCACCUGUGCGUGCUGAAGAACGGAAGCUGGGUGUCGGUGGGACCGGACAGGUUGCAGAUCAACAACGACGCAGGUCUCCCGGCGGACUACAUCCCUCCGUGGGGUAUGGCGGUGCUGAUCGUGCUGCUGAUCCUGGUGUGCGGGGUGCUGAGGAGCGUGAACCUCAGCCUGUUGUGGCUGGACCCCCUGGAGCUCUACGUCUUCCACAGCUGCGGCUCAGAGGAGGACAAACGGACCGCCAAGCGCCUCGAGCCAAUCCGGAGACGAGGCAACUGCCUGGUGUGUUCUCUGCUGUUCCUGUGCGCUCUGGGCCACUCGGUUCUUGGUGUGCUACUCUACAGGGUCCUGGGUUCCAUAGCGCCCGCCGUCUUUACCAGCGGGUUCCUCAUCUUUAUGGUGUCAGAGCUUGUUCCCCACAUAGUGUGUUCCGGCUACGGCUUCCAGCUAGCCCCAGGCUUCACCUGGCUGGCACAGGUGUGUAUGGUGCUGACGUGCCCACUGUCAUGCCCGCUGGGCCUGGUGCUGGACCUGGUGUUGAGACGUGACAUCAGCACCUGCGGUGUGAGGGAGAGGGCCAUGGAGAUGAUCCGCACCAACGUCAAUGACCCCUACAGUGAGUUUGUGAAGGAGGAGUUUAGCCGUGGUGCGCUGCGCAGGAAGACUGUGGAGGACAUCCUGACUCCGCUGAACGACUGUUUCAUGCUGCCGUCCACCGCUGUGCUGGACUUCUCCACCAUGUCAGAGAUCAUGCAGAGUGGAUACACACGAGUCCCCAUCUAUGAAGAGGAGAAGUCCAACAUCGUGGAGAUCUUGUUCGUGAAGGACCUGGCUCUGGUCGAUCCUGACGACUCUACUCCCAUGACGACCAUCACCAAGUUCUACAAUCACCCACUGCACUUUGUUUUCAACGACACUAAACUGGACGCCAUGCUGGAGGAGUUCAAGAAAGGAAACUCUGCCCUGGCCAUCGUUCAGAAGGUGAACAACGAGGGGGAGGGGGAUCCCUUCUACGAGGUGCUGGGAUUGGUCACCUUGGAGGAUGUCAUCGAGGAGAUCAUCAAAUCAGAGAUCCUGGACGAGUCAGACGGCUACAUGGACAUGAAGGUGAAGCGUCCCCUGGCACCUCUGGAGAUUCCUCUGGAACCUCGCAGCGUCCACCAAGAGUUCUCUCUGUUCAAACUCCCAGAGGGAGAACCCAAGAUCCGCACCUCACCUCAGCUACUGCUGGCCACACACCGCUUCCUCUCCAGAGAGGUAGAGCACUUCAGUCCAGCCCGUGUGUCAGAGAAGAUGUUGUUCCACCUGCUCCGUCACCCCAGUGUCAACCAGGAAGUCCAUUUUGACCCCUCCAACCGCUUGAGCCCCGACCACUACCUCUACACACGCAACCACCCCGUAGACUACUUCAUACUGCUACUACAGGGGCGUGUGGAGGUUGAAAUCGGUAAAGAGGGCUUGAAGUUUGAAAACGGAGCGUUCACUUACUACGGCGUGUCUGCACUCACAGCGCCUACCUCAGUGCACCAGUCUCCAGUUUCAACCCAGCGUCGUCCUCCCAGGGAUCCAUUUGAGAUGGGAGACGCCACCAGCCCGUCCAGCUACUGUCCUGACUACACCGUCCAUGCCCUCACUGACCUGCAGCUCAUACGGGUGACUCGCAUGCAGUACCUGAAUGCUCUGAUGGCGUCGCGUGUUGGCCAGAGCCCAGAAUCUCCUGAGAUCAACAUCCUGCCUAACAGUCAGACCAAGCUGCUCAACGAGAAGAACACUGUCACACAAGAGUUCCCUGUAAACUUUUCCUUUUUUGACACCAUUGAGAACUACUGUUAGUGUUUUCUGUGUGCAUGAGGACACCCACAGGAGGUGGCAGUAAAUCCCAGGAAAGUUCAACAGAAGAGGAGGCUCAUGGGUAAUGAAGUUCUCUCUGUCAGAACUAUGUGUGUUACUCAGACAACCAACAAGGAGGCUUUUAAAAAAAAAUAUAUCAGUGAAUCUCUUAUCUCUAGAAUGCAGUGAUUGGACCUGGCUGGAGUGAGCGUCUGUGUGUGGGGUGUGUGUGGCUACUGCACUAUCCUCAGCCGUUUUCCUCAUUCAUUAUACAUUUCGCAUUCAUGCCAAUCGUGUGUGUGUGUGUGUGUGUGUGUGCGCGCCUCUCCUUCCUGUUGUAAUUCAGCCUCCUUUGCCUAAAAGUUACAUUGCCUGUUCCUUCAUUAUUAGCCUGUCUGUGUGCUAAAGCAACUCACGUCAGCCCCCUGUGUGUGCUUGUGCGUGCGUGUUGUCAAAACCCAUCCAUCCAAGCAUUAGACACAGGUUGGUCAUUUUCACAGACAUGUGUACACCGCUUUUGGUGAUUUGCUUUAGUUUGAUUUAUACGUCCAUAUUUUAUUUGAUACACUCCCACAUAUUUGUCUACCUAGACCUAAUGGAAGGCCUGUAUAUCAGGAGACCUACGGGAUGAUUGGAACUGUUUUCUCUAGUUAAAGGGCUAGAUCCCCCAACAGUAAAGAAACAAAUUUGUAUUUGAAAAAUGUUCAUUCUAUCCCUUUAAGAGAGCUGAUGCAACGCUUGUGUCCAUUCCUUUGCACAGUCAAUGUUUAGCUUCAGGUCUGAGCUGUGAUGGGAGCUGUGUGUGUGUGUGUGUGUGUGUGUGUGUGUGUGUGUGUGUGUGUGUGUGUGUGUGUGUGUGUGUGCCCUCUCCCAUUUGACCUCUCUUACGGCGUGCCAACUCUGACCCAGUCUGCUUUCAUGCAUUCCUUUUGUUUGGCCAUAGAGACAAUCACAAUCCCCUUUAUUCACUCAGUAUAUUUACCCAGACACCAUACAGAAUAGAUAAAACAGACAAGUCCACAUAGACACCAUACAGAAUAGACAAUAUGUUUGUGUGUGUCACAUCUAAAGCACCUUGUUGAUUUUUCUCAUCCUUGAUAGCCAAGUAGGUAGAGUUCCAUUAACAUUCCACACACACACACACACACACACACACAAGUGAUAUGUGCUCUUGUGUGGCUGGCCUGGGUGUGUGUGUGUGUGUGUGCGUGACUGAGUCUGUGACUCUUGCCGCCUGUCAGUCAGUAUUCAGUCUUACAGACUCUUUCAGGAAACUCAAUUUCCCAUGUUUCUGUGUAACUACCCAUGUGUGCAGGGAAUACAUCUGUUACCCACUGUCCUGUGGAGACAGGAAACGCCUAGAUAAAGGCCUGGUCCAGAAUCAACCCCUUGGUCUUUCCCCUGGCCCCUAGUUGUCUACCCUUUGCUCCUAGGCCCUAGCACUUAGUGUAAACAGAUCUGAUUAAAAGGUAAUGGCAGCACCUAUCUGGUUCCUUCAGAUCUGCAAUCAUAGGGGUUUGGAUUGGGGCUAGGAGUCUUUGGAGCGGGGAAUGGGGCUAGGAGUCUUUGGAGCGGGGAAUGGGGCUAGGAGUCUUUGGAGCGGGGAUUGGGGCUAGGAGUCUUUGGAGCGGGGAAUGGGGCUAGGAGUCUUUGGAGCGGGGAAUGGGGCUAGGAGUCUUUGGAGCGGGGAUUGGGGCUAGGAGUCUUUGGAGCGGGGAAUGGGGCUAGGAGUCUUUGGAGCGGGGAAUGGGGAUAGGAGUCUUUGGAGCGGGGAUUGGGGCUAGGAGUCUUUGGAGCGGGGAAUGGGGAUAGGAGUCUUUGGAGCGGGGAAUGGGGAUAGGAGUCUUUGGAGCGGGGAUUGGGGAUAGGAGUCUUUGGAGCGGGGAUUGGGGAUAGGAGUCUUUGGAGCGGGGAUUGGGGAUAGGAGUCUUUGGAGCGGGGAAUGGGGCUAGGAGUCUUUGGAGCGGGGAAUGGGGCUAGGAGUCUUUGGAGCGGGGAAUGGGGCUAGGAGUCUUUGGAGCGGGGAUUGGGGAUAGGAGUCUUUGGAGCGGGGAAUGGGGAUAGGAGUCUUUGGAGCGGGGAUUGGGGAUAGGAGUCUUUGGAGCGGGGAUUGGGGAUAGGAGUCUUUGGAGCGGGGAUUGGGGAUAGGAGUCUUUGGAGCGGGGAAUGGGGAUAGGAGUCUUUGGAGCGGGGAAUGGGGAUAGGAGUCUUUGGAGCGGGGAUUGGGGAUAGGAGUCUUUGGAGCGGGGAUUGGGGAUAGGAGUCUUUGGAGCGGGGAAUGGGGAUAGGAGUCUUUGGAGCGGGGAAUGGGGAUAGGAGUCUUUGGAGCGGGGAAUGGGGAUAGGAGUCUUUGGAGCGGGGAAUGGGGAUAGGAGUCUUUGGAGCGGGGAUUGGGGAUAGGAGUCUUUGGAGCGGGGAUUGGGGAUAGGAGUCUUUGGAGCGGGGAUUGGGGAUAGGAGUCUUUGGAGCGGGGAUUGGGGAUAGGAGUCUUUGGAGCGGGGAUUGGGGAUAGGAGUCUUUGGAGCGGGGAAUGGGGAUAGGAGUCUUUGGAGCGGGGAAUGGGGAUAGGAGUCUUUGGAGCGGGGAAUGGGGAUAGGAGUCUUUGGAGCGGGGAAUGGGGAUAGGAGUCUUUGGAGCGGGGAAUGGGGAUAGGAGUCUUUGGAGCGGGGAAUGGGGAUAGGAGUCUUUGGAGCGGGGAUUGGGGAUAGGAGUCUUUGGAGCGGGGAAUGGGGAUAGGAGUCUUUGGAGCGGGGAUUGGGGAUAGGAGUCUUUGGAGCGGGGAUUGGGGAUAGGAGUCUUUGGAGCGGGGAUUGGGGAUAGGAGUCUUUGGAGCGGGGAUUGGGGAUAGGAGUCUUUGGAGCGGGGAUUGGGGAUAGGAGUCUUUGGAGCGGGGAUUGGGGAUAGGGGUCUUUGGAGCGGGGAUUGGGGCUAGGGGUCUUUGGAGCGGGGAUUGGGGCUAGGGGUCUUUGGAGCGGGGAUUGGGGAAUGGGGCUAGGAGUCUUUGGCGUGGAACAGAGACUCUACCAGGGUCAUAUUCAUAAGUGCACACUGUUGCAAAAUGUCUUGAAACGGAAAACAAACAUUUCUUCUAGAUGGUCCCUCCCUGUUUCAGUACGUUUUCUUCUGUUUGGUGCCUAAUGAACAUGACCCAUGUUUCCCAGCAACCAUGUUAGGGGUCGGCUAUUUUGGCGGCCAUCUUGGUUGCCUCAGUCGUUCUCCACCCCAUAAAGCGUUUUUGUUUAGUUGAUCUAAUUACAGACAUACGCUAAUUAAUGACAUAUGCUAAGACAAGGGAUUAACUAUGUGAUUCAAAGUAAAUAUUUUCCAUCUGUUUUAACAAUAUUGUACUGUUGGUUAUGUUUCAAGUCCAUUUAUAUUGUAUUAAAAGACAAUGUAUAUUGUAAAAAAGGUCAUUACUUAUGCUACUUAUAUUGUUUGGGAGAAAUGUUGGGUUUUUUGAUGGGGGUAGAAAACUGUAUAUUUAUAUGCUUAUCUAGAGAGAAUAUGAAUCAAGGAUGCAGAUUUAAGCUCGUAGUUUUCAGGUACAAAUGUAUAAUACUGUUACCACGAUGAGACCCGGACCAGCACUACUUUCUCUCCAGGAAUUCUUUUGUAUAGAUUUUUUUUCUUCCCAAUUCUUCUCUGGAAGCUGAGAGUGUGUGUGUGUGUGUGUGUGUGUGUGUGUGUGUGUGUGUGCAGAGAACAUUGCAUUGAACUAUUUCAAUAUCUGCUGUUUCUUAGUAAAUAAACCCAGUCCUUGUAUA